UUUUGGAUCCCUUAUUACUUGCCUAAAAUCAUGCUUUUCGUUCCAUUUUAUUCACCAAAUAAAAAAUCCAAAACCCCAAAUUUCUUUUUACACAAAGGGAGAAAAAUGGAAGAUGACACCCAUGGAAAUGGAAAUGUACCCAACAAAGGUAGCCCAGGAAGCCCUUGUGUGAAAAGCAUUGGCAAUUGUGGUAGUGCCACCACCCAUCACCAAAACAACAACAAUGGCACUACCUCCAUUGUCAACAACAAUAAUGGCAGUACAAAAGAACAAGACCGUUUCCUUCCAAUUGCAAAUGUUGGAAGAAUAAUGAAGAAAGUGAUUCCAGGAAAUGGAAAAAUAUCCAAGGAUGCCAAGGAAACCGUUCAAGAAUGUGUCUCAGAAUUCAUUAGCUUUGUCACUGGAGAAGCAUCAGAUAAAUGCCAAAGAGAAAAAAGAAAGACCAUCAACGGUGAUGACAUUAUAUGGGCAAUCACAACUCUAGGGUUUGAGGAUUAUGUGGCUCCACUAAAACUAUACCUAAAUAAAUAUAGAGAGAUUGAAGGCGAAAAGCUUAGUGUUCCAAAGCAACAACGACCAGAGCAAAGGCAACAACAACAACUUCUUCAACAGCAAUCAAUAGAACAUGAACAAAGCAUGUUGUCUUAUAAUUCUAUAUGUACUUCAACAAGUCUAUUGUCUCAACCACCAUCAUUUGUGGCUAUUGAUCAUAAGGCAUUUUCAUUGCCUUUUGCACCAAAUUCAAUUGAGAAACAAUUGCAACAACAAGAUCAAAUUGAUUUUGUGCCACAUUGGUAAGAAAACUACACUUUUUUUUUUAUAAUAUUUGUGUCCCCUUUUUCCUCCUUAAAUUUUGAAUGUAAUGCUACUUAAUAUACAAUAAUUUGAAUG